UGCACAUCUUGUAUCUACAAUGCUAUAUGUCAGUAGCGUAGCAGGAGGCCAGACUGCUUAUUUAUCAUCACCAGUUUUAUUUCACAAUAUCAAAAACAUGACCAUUGGACCUCUUGUGACUUUUUCAACAAAUCGUCUGUCUAUUUUCAACAUUCCUUUCACUGAGUUUUCCACGAACUCGUCAGGGUGCGGUAGAGGGUCGCGUAAGCGAGCAAGAGUCGGUUACUGGAAACGGACUUUGGCUUGUAAGUUGUGGAGUCUUGACCCGCGUUUGACCGGCAAAUGACCUGAUGACCGGCACUUCACACACCGUCUGACCAUAGAUUUUGCCAGUUUUCUGCUCCUUGGAAGAGAAUCGAUCAGCGAUGUCGCUGGGCUACCCAAUUGGGGGGCCUCAUCCCAAUCCACUGCCUGACGUGGAUGUCAAUUGCACCUUGCACAAUGGGGUGCCGUGGGUGUGGCAUGUGUUUGGCGAGUGCGUUGUGAACCAGCUGCAGUACGCAGGGUUCUUCCUCGGUCUUAUCUCCAUCCUCUGCUGGCUGGUGGUCUUCCUACCUCAGUUCUACGAUGCCUUCAAGCACGGCAAGAUGGAUGAGGCCAUCUCCCCGGUUUUCCUCUUCCUCUGGUUGCUAGGUGACGUGUCCAAUCUGGUGGGCAGUUUACUCAGCAACCAGCUAGGAACACAGAUAGCGGUGGCUUAUUACUACAUUGGAAUGGAUUGCCUGGUGCUAUUGCAGUUCACGUACUACUUCAUUAAAAAUCGGAGAAAGAGACGCAUGUCAGGAGAGCUUCGUGUCAGUUACGACAGCAUGGCCAAGCCCAACCGAAAUCAGGUCAUCUACUGUGUGGGUGGUCUCUUCUUGUUGGCCAGCACCACAUGGUUCUCACUACUGCCAUGGCGACAAGGGGCAGUGCAUCCUGGGAGCCGGGCCACGGGCCGGAUGUUACUGGGGCUGGAAAACGAGCCGUCCACCAUAUGCAAAGUUACCUUCCUGAACACGAGGGAAUGCAUGUUUUACAGUGAUACAGAGAUAAUCGGCUAUGCAUGUGGAUGUGUAUCGGCAUUCUUCUACUUGGCAUCCAGAGUCCCUCAACUUUACAAAAAUUACAAGCGAAAGUCGGUGGAGGGCGUGGCUAUCAUGAUGUUCAUCCUGACGGUUCUCGGCAACGUUUUCUACGGCCUGUCCAUCCUCUUGGAGGACACGUCAGUCGUUUUCAUCCUGAGACACCUCCCCUGGCUCGUCGGUAGCCUGGGCACGCUCUGCUUCGACUGCGUCAUGCUGCUGCAGUUCCGUCUCUAUGGAAGGCGCCCAUCAGGGUAUGUUGGACUCAACGAGGAUGAGUCGAGAGGCCUUCUGACUCCCAAGGUACGAUCCGACGAUGAGGGCUUCUACAGACCAGCCUUGGAAGUAGACACUUAGGCUCAAAUAAUUGUUGAAAAAUCUGUUAGGGCAUUUAAUGCUAAGGUGUGGUUUGGACUGAUGGCAGUCUUGAUUGGUCGGGCUUACUUCGGCCUGUACUGGGUUUCUUGCCAGAGUUAUGUUGUUGGAAUAUUUGCAUUGUGAAUACCAAAAUGCACUCCACCUUGACACAAGAAAUUUGGGCAUGGCAUUGAUGUGCUGUCAUGUGUAUGUAUGUGUGUGCCAAAUCAACCAAAGGGAUCAAGUUUGAAUUAAGAAAUUUGAAAUAUUUGAAUGUCAGUUGGUAAGAAAUUUGAAAUAUUUGAAUGUCAAUAGGUAAGAAAUUUGAAAUAUUUGAAGUCAGGGUACGGUAAGGAAUAGCGACAUUAAUAUCAGCAGCAUUUGGCAGAGGAAGUGGGGAGUUUUAUGAUGCUCCCCCCCCCAAGUGGCGGGGUCAUCCUGAAAGCCCUCAUCCCUUUGGAACCACAUCAGCAAAUAGUCCUGAGAAACCCUCACCAAAUGACUACAGGUACAGUAUAUAGGCCGGUGCACUGACGAUGUCACACUUCCUUUACACAUGCACUUUCCUGUGGAGCCAGACGGGGCCCACUGCCGGACCACUGAGCACCGUAGGAAGGCACGCUCAUAAUAAGUGUGGCAUUGUCAGUACAGAGGUCUGGUGGGGAGGCGAUAGUCAUGUUUGGGAUCGGUCAACAUCACCUCAGAAUUUCUCCCGGUGGCCGUACCUGGUGAGACUCGGUGUAGAAAGAGCCGACUUUGUGACAUCUACUUCCGUCUUUGUAGUCGUAUCAUUACUGCCCCCAGGUGCCGUCAGAUUUCCUGUCUCCAAUUAUUUUUCUUUGGGGGCAAUUGGACAGUAUCCGAGCAAAACUGAAAUCACCGUACAUUGUUUUUGGCAUCUCCUUUUUUUAAUACUGAGCUAAUGUAUCCAUAAUUUCUGCAUCUGCAUCUUAUCCUAAAUGACAACAAUAUUUUUGUGCGAUGGUUUUCCAGAAAGUUGUUUAUUUUUUAACAAUUUGUUUGCAUUGAAAAGGUUUUGUGAACAGUAAAUUAUUUCUCGGGAAAUUU